AUCCCUGCCUCCAGCCUGGGAAGAGCCACCCAGUGCCCCCUCUGAUUGGACUGGGUAGUUUGUCUUGACGCACCACUGUGCUGAGUGCUGGAAGACGUGUUUCAACAGAUGGUUGAGGUUAGUGUGUGUCAUCACAUCGGAGAAGGAUUAGAGGAAGAAGGUUGUCUUCCAGGAGCAGUGUGGUCCUCACAAACACACUGUUGACUUCAGGAGCUCAGGAGAGAACAACACAUAUAGAUCAACUACAUGAACAAGACUGACACUCUUGUUAUUCAGGCUACUUUACACGAUUCCAGUCUUCUGAGUGUUCUUGUGCCCCCGUUUGCAAUCCCAUCAUGCAGCUGGUGAGUCUGGCUUGGGUAAUAGCCCUGGUCGCCCCACUGGUCUGCUAUGGCUUUACCACCCGCGGUCAGGGCCUGCGUGGGAGGAUACAAGGAGACCGGCGGAACAUCAGACCCAACAUCAUACUCAUUAUGACGGAUGACCAGGACGUGGAGUUGGGUUCAUUGCAGGUAAUGAACAAAACCCGUAAGAUUAUGGAGGAUGGGGGUACGUCAUUCACGAAUGCCUUCGUCACCACGCCUAUGUGCUGUCCAUCCCGCUCCUCUAUGCUGACUGGGAAGUACGUCCAUAACCACAACACUUACACCAACAAUGAGAACUGUUCCUCACCUUCCUGGCAAGCCCAGCACGAGCCACGUACCUUUGCUGUUUACCUGAACAACACUGGAUACAGAACAGCUUUCUUUGGGAAGUACCUUAACGAAUACAACGGCAGCUACAUCCCACCUGGGUGGCGCGAAUGGGUGGGGCUGAUCAAAAAUUCCCGUUUCUAUAAUUACACCGUCUGUCGGAAUGGGAACAAGGAGAAGCACGGAGCGGAUUAUGCCAAGGACUACUUCACUGAUUUGAUCACCAACGACAGCAUCAACUUCUUCCGAAUGUCCAAGCGCAUGUACCCGCAUCGGCCAGUGAUGAUGGUGAUCAGCCACGCAGCACCUCAUGGCCCGGAAGAUUCGGCACCGCAGUAUUCUGAGCUCUUUCCAAAUGCUUCCCAGCACAUAACACCCAGUUAUAACUACGCACCAAACAUGGACAAGCAUUGGAUCAUGCAGUACACGGGCCCCAUGAAGCCAAUUCACAUGGAGUUCACCAACUAUCUGCACAGGAAGAGGCUUCAGACGCUGAUGUCUGUAGAUGAUUCUGUAGAAAAGAUAUACAAUACUCUGGUCGAGACCGGGGAACUCGACAAUACCUACAUUAUUUACACAGCUGACCAUGGGUACCAUAUUGGACAGUUUGGACUUGUUAAGGGGAAGUCCAUGCCGUAUGAUUUUGACAUCAGGGUACCGUUCUUCGUUAGAGGUCCUAAUGUGGAGCCAGGGGCAAGGAACAAUCAUCUUGUGCUAAACAUAGAUCUAGCACCCACAAUCUUGGACAUAGCCGGCCUGGACACUCCAUCUGACAUGGAUGGAAAAUCUAUCCUGAAACUUCUGGAGCAGGAAAAGACUGGGAAUAGAUUCAAACCCAACCGGAAACCUAAAGUCUGGAGGGACACAUUCCUCGUGGAGCGGGGCAAAAUCCUGCGCAAGAAAGAUGACUCAAGUGGCAGUGUGAACACCCAGCAUUCAAACAGUCUGCCCAAGUACAAGAAGGUGAAGGAGGUGUGUCAGCAAGCCGAGUUUCAGACGCCCUGUGAACAACCAGGACAGAAAUGGCACUGUGUUGAGGAGGUCACUGGGAAGUGGCGCUUUCAGAAGUGCAAGGGGUCUCUGAAAGAGGGGUCCAAGAAGAGGGCGAGAAGUCUUCGCUCUCGAAGCUACGACAGUCGGGAGAGAGACUGCCACUGCGGAGACAGAUCUUACAAAACGGCCAAGGCGGAGCGGCGGGCACACAGACAGUUAGGCCAGAGCGGCAAUCCACGCUACAGACCUCGCUUUGUGCACACACGACCUGCCAGAUCUCUGUCAGUGGAAUUCGAGGGCGAGAUCUAUGAUGUGGACCUGCAGGCUGAUGACAAAACCCCCCUCGAGCCUCGACAAAUCAGCAAACGGCACUUUGAGCCAGAGGGAGGCUUUGAUUCAGACUUCGGGCUGGAGUCUGAUGACGGCUCGGAGGAGAUGCAGUCCGAUGACACUAAUGCUGUGGACUACCCCAAUUCUCUCAAAGUCACACAUAAAUGUUUUAUAUUAACGAACGACACUGUGCGCUGUGAAAGAGAGAUUUACCAGUCCUCCAGAGCAUGGAAAGACCACAAGAACUUUGUGGACCAGGAGAUUGAACUUUUACAGGAUAAAAUGAAGAAACUGCGGGAGGUCAGAGGUCAUCUCAAAAGGAGGAGACCAGAUGAAUGUGACUGUGGAAAAAAGAGCUAUUAUAGCAAAGUGAGAGAGCAGAAAAACAAACCUGAGCGAUUGAAGAAUAGGAAUGACCACCUCCAUCCCUUUAAAGAGGCCAUGCAGGAAGUGGACAACAAGGCUCAACUCUACAAUGAGAUCCGCCGCAGGAAGAAAGAGAGGAAGGAGCGGAAGAGGCAGAAGAAGGGUGAUGACUGCAGUCUUCCUGGCCUCACCUGCUUCACGCAUAAUAAUGACCAUUGGCAGACCGCCCCCUUCUGGAACUUGGGCAGCUUUUGUGCCUGCACAAGCUCCAACAACAACACUUACUGGUGUCUGAGAACUAUCAAUGACACUCACAACACGCUCUUCUGCGAAUUUGCAACUGGGUUCCUGGAGUACUUCGACCUAAAUAAUGACCCUUACCAGUUAACCAACGCGGUAUAUACUGUUGAGAGGGAUGUCUUGAGUCGACUACAUCAACAGCUGAUGGAAAUGAGAAGCUGUCAGGGUCACAAGCAGUGUAACCCCAGACCUAAGGGCCAAGAUACAGAACACAGCCAGCCUGGGACGGACACAAAGCUUAAGCUGCCCAAUUUCACAGAGGACGUCGCCUGGCAAGGACUGGAAGAUUUGUACAGUGUACAGGAAAGUCUGUAUGAAUACAGACACAACUACAGUCCUAGCCUGGAAGACUGGACGAACUUUUGGAAGGAUGUAGAUAGUAUGUUUGCACUGCUGAGAAAUUUAAAGAAACUCAACCAAACCGAUAAGCUUGACCCCCUGGCUGAGCUGGGCUCCGGGGUCCUGGAAGAGGCCAGCGGCGCUGGAAUCCCUUUCCAAGAGGAAUGGCCCCGUGUGGUCACUCCGAGCCCUGUCACCACAAGUCCCCAAAGCCUGACUCUAAAAAUGCUUCAAAAGUCUCUCAAUGAUCUCCCAGAGCGGCAUCCAACCAAACUGAAUGGUCUUCAGAGAGGAGCAUCCUGGGUUCAACAGCUGGAAAAUGUGCUGGAUGAUGAUGGUAUGACAUUUAGUGGAAAUGGUGUCACCGAGCUGGAAACCCACCAUGACUUCCUGUUGCGCAGCUCGAAAGUCCUGCAGGGUCAGCUGGAUCUCCAAGCACCAGAUCACCAGCAAGAGGAGGAAGAGGACAUUUUUCAGGCUCAAGGAUACCUUCCACUUGCCCCGCAGUCAGCCAAACCUCUAGAGAACAAUGGGGCGACGACUCCCCUCCAACCUGACACGCCGCAAGAGAAGUGGAACAAAAGCGUCAGAGCUUUGACCCACAAGCCCGGGGACCUUCAGGACUCAGAAGGUAGCGCUUUGGGCCCAACCUUUGAGAAAAGACUGCUGCCAUGCGCUGUGAAGCGAAAUAACUCCGAGACACUAACCCCACAGGUCAUGGACUGCUCUCCUGUAUGAAUCAUCUAAUGAAUUAUUUUAUUUUAUACAGGUGCUUCCAUUUAUUAGAAAACAGUGUUAUGUAUUUUGUAAAAAAAUUAUAUAUAUAAAAAAAUUCUAGGUAUCGGAUGCAUCUUAAAUGUUGGGUGUGUUUUAACUUUCCGAGUGGUAAAACACCAUUGAAGUUAAGGUUUUAAUAUAUUUUAUUAAAAAACUGGUUAAAAUGGUGAAACCAUUGCGUUUAGUCUUGAAUUUUACCACAUGCAGAUUGUUUCCCCAAGAUAUGAUGCACUUUUACACAUUUCAUAACCUCAGUGUAUCCCAAUGUUUCAUGUAUACAAAAACAAUUUCACAUGGAUACUUUGACGGAAGAUAUUUUAGGCCUUUAAAAUAUCACAACAUGUUGUCCCUUUUUCUAUCUUAACAGUUGCCUUUCACUUUUGUAAUGAGUAUGUAAUGGUUAUUGUUCUCGUUUACAGCUUAUUUGGUUUAGUACACUGUUGUUUACAUUAUAAAACACUGCUUGAACACUGCUUGUUUACACUUUGAAUUGUGGGUUUAAUGGUUAAACUGGUUGGUGAAAUGAUUUUUUUUGCAACACAUUAAAAUGUUUGAUAGUUCAGCUGCAUAUAAUGAAAGAAGGGUGUUCACCGCAAGUGCUUUUAUCAUAAGCCUUAAGAUGGAAGAGACCACCUUUAACAUUUUACUUCAACUAACUCACAAAAAAUGUAAUUGUAAAAGAGCUUGUUUAGUUUAUGAUGAAUGUGAGAUGGGCAUUUGUUCAAGUUUCCUGUCACUCUGUGCCUGACCAUUCUGUAUUUAGAAUUAAAGUGUGUCCAAAUUUAUUUUUGAAGUAAAAUAGUUUAAAUAUAAUGUGACCUGCCAAAUUUUCGAAUUACAUUCUUUUUAACCAAUGGUGUUGGAUCAAUUCUGGCUUCUGGAAAGCCAUGAAGCCGUUUUAAAUAAAAA